AUGGGUUACGAUGAGGUAAUUACACAUCAAGGCGAUUUUGGCAGAUAUCAAAAAAUCAUCUAUUUCCUACUUUGCCUAACAUCGAUAACGUGUGCCUUCCACAAAUUAGCCGGUGUUUUCCUAUUAGCAAAACCGGAUUUCCGUUGUGUGCUCCCAUUCGAGAAUAGCUCACAUGUCGAAUACAAUGAUUUACCAGAGGAAUUAUGGCCAUUGGUGUAUCCCAAAGAUUUACUGGGUGUGAAAUAUGAAACAUGUUCGUACUACGACAUCAACUACACCCCGGAAUAUCUCAAUGGCAGUCAACCCUAUGCUGCUAAUGGCACCACAACCUGCUCACAUUAUGUAUACGACAAGACGAAAUAUCUGAACAGUGCUGUUACCGAAUGGGACAUGGUGUGUACUCGUAAUUUUCUGCGUGCAACUAGUGAUGCUCUGUUCAUGUUGGGUGUUUUGGUGGGCAGUAUCGUCUUUGGCCAGCUGUCCGAUAAAUAUGGACGCAAGCCAAUAUUUUUCGCCUCCCUUGUCAUACAGGUGGUGUUUGGUGUCUUGGCUGGUGUGGCACCGGAAUAUCUAACAUACACCACAUCACGUUUUAUAAUAGGUGCCACCACCUCGGGUGUGUUCCUGGUGGCCUAUGUCAUUGGCAUGGAAAUGGUGGGUCCCAGUAUGCGUCUCUUUGCCGGCAUCUUCAUUAUGAUGUUCUUCUCGUUCGGUUUUAUGUUGACAGCGGCAUUUGUCUAUUUCGUCCAUGAUUGGCGUUGGCUACAAAUUGCCCUCACCCUACCCGGAUUGCUCUUUAUGUGUUACUAUUGGAUUAUACCCGAAUCGGCCAGAUGGCUGUUGUCAAAAAAUCGCAAAGAAGCCGCCAUUGCCAACAUCCAAAAGGCAGCCCGUUUCAAUAAGGUGGACAUGUCGGUGGAUUUGAUCAAUCAAUUGUUGGAUGAUAACACCAGCGAAGAAAAGAAACCUGAACCACCAACCAAGGCAGAUGAUGCAGACGUUCCACCCCAACCAAGUGUUUGGGAUCUACUUCGUUAUCCGAAUUUACGCCGAAAGACAUUGCUGAUAUUUUUCGAUUGGUUUGUUAACAGCGGCACCUAUUAUGGGCUCUCUUGGAACACCAAUGAUUUGGGUUCAAAUGCCCUGUUGAAUUUUGUCAUCUCUGGAGCUGUGGAAAUUCCCGCCUAUACUUUCCUACUUUUCACCCUCAACAGAUGGGGUCGUCGCACAAUUCUUUGUGGUUGUAUGUUGGUGGCCGGUAUAGGUCUUCUGGCGACCAUUGCCAUACCCUCCAACAUGAAUUGGAUGUUAAUCACCUGUGCCAUGAUAGGUAAAUUGGCCAUAACAGCUUCCUAUGGCACCAUAUACAUUUUCUCCGCCGAACAAUUCCCCACCGUGGUGAGAAAUGUGGGCUUAGGAGCUGCCUCUAUGGUUGCGCGUAUUGGUGGUAUUUUGGCGCCAUUCUUUAAUAUGUUGGGGGAGAUUUGGAAACCUUUACCUCUUCUAAUAUUUGGGGCAAUGGCCUUUAUUGGUGGUCUACUCUCCCUGCUGCUGCCGGAAACCCACAACAAACCAACGCUGGAGACAAUAGCCGAUGGCGAAGAAUUUGGCAAGGCGUCAAAAGCUCAGCAGUAUAUGCUGGAGGAGGGUAAGGAAAUGAAAAAUUUCGAAAAGGCCGAAACAUUGCCGCUCACCACGGUUGCCUCCAUUGCCAAAGAGGCGGAGGCGGCCAAGGCGGAUCAAAAUAAAUAUUAG